CUACUGUCAAUAACUAUUGUGAAUAAUUGAACAUUUUGACAGCAAAACAAACAACUGGGCACGUCAUCCUACAGAAUUUUGUAAAAUUAUUUUUUAAUCUGUUUAAAAUUAAAUUAAAACAAAACAAAAAUGAGUGCUCUUUUCAAUUUUCAAAGUUUGUUAUCAGUAAUCCUGUUAAUGAUUUGCACUUGUGCCUAUUUGCGUUCGCUAUUUCCCAGCAUUAUGGACCGAAAUAAGACCGGUUUCCUGGGUAUCUUCUGGAAACUGGCUAGAAUAGGUGAACGCAAAUCUCCUUAUGUGGCGGUGUCAUGUAUAAUAAUGGCCGUUUCCAUUUUAUUCUGGACGUGAUUGAUUUUGUUAAUUGCAAAGUUAAGAAGCUUUAGUUUAAGAAUUAUCCACUAUUCGUUGAGUUGGCUUAAAAAAGAUUAUUAUGCAUUUUGUACGAUUUUUGUGUAUGUAAAUACAUUUUUAUUUUAAGAUAAA